GAACUUGAGUAAAUUUUAUGUGCCUGUUUGUCACGUUUUUUUAUUUUUUUAGUAUUGACCUCGGAUUCUCAUGGAAAAAGGGCUCUAUAAAUUUAAAUUUAGUCGGAAAUGAUUGUUUUGGUUAUAGGAUUUGAACUCGUUCAUUUGAGUAAUUUAUCUUUAAUUAAAGUUCAUUAACUAGUUAAAUCCAACCAACUAACUUGCUAUGUUUGGUUAUAUUGAAUUAAUGUUAUUCUAAUUAGUAACUAGCUAGUUUAUGUGAGUUAAUCAGAUUUCUAAGCAAUUAUGAAGUAAUAAGUUGAUGUUGGUGGCAGUAAAUAGGAAGAACAAAACUUGCAAUAUGAAAUAUGUCAUUUAUGCACUAAACGUGUCGGUUCAAUCAUACAUGAUAAUGUUUAGAAUGAUGACAGGUAACAGUCCCCUUAGAACCAAAGAGUAGAUUGAUAAAUGACACUAGAGAAAAAUGUAUAACCAUAUUGAUGUUUAGGUUUUCAAACAUGAAAUUCCAAACUUGUCUCUCAGAGUUUAAGCCUAACAUAUAUUUUAGUCACCCAGAAGUUAAAAAAAAAAUCUGAUAUAUUUCAUAAAAGUAAGGAAUGUUCAAAUGUUCAUUGACUUUGUCAAAGAUUUAUUUUCCAUGUGGAAAUUGACUAGCCACUUUAAGGUGUGUAUUCUCCUUUUUUUUCCUUCGAAAAAGGGGCAUAUUUUUCCAACCAUAUUCUUUUCAUCUACAAAACUCAAACCCGAGACCUUACUUAAAAGAUCUGAGACCAUUUUUCUCUGGACCUUUGUGGUUAUUACUUCCAAGUUCCUAGCAAACAUAGCUGAUGGUUUGAUUUUUGGUAGUAGACGGUGAAAUUAAUCAUUCUUGGAGAAAGAAAGAGGAUAGAACCAACUUGAAGAAACACAUUUGAUUGAACAUUCUAGCUAUACUUAUAGUAAACUUAGAUAGAAGUCCAAAAUUUCUCGUUGAUAAACAAUGCAUAAAUUCUAUUGUAAAUCCGGUAAGUUGUGGAUAACUUCACCUUGAAUACGACGUAUCUUAAUUUAAAAUUUAAUUAAAAAAAGAAUAAAAGAAACAACAAGGAAAGAGAGUGGAAAUUUCGUGGGUGACUAUUGAGUUGACUCUAUGGGCAUGAGAAUCAUUUUUGCUUACCAUGAGCAGUAUAACUCAACUCAAACAUAAUGAACUGAAAUUUGCAUCUAAGCACUACCUUCUCCUCUUCUUUUCAUCCUCGUUUUCAACACAAUGGAAAAUCAUAUCACUAUCCUCAUCAAUAUUACACACAUCUCUUUCUUCUUAGUAAUAAUAAUAAUUGCCACUUUUUUUCCACUUCAAUCCCACUCUCAACCUCCAUCAUUUAACGAUUAUUCCACUUGUAAAGACAUCAAAAACUCUUACAGCUGCGGAAGUAUUAUCUCCAACAUCUCUUAUCCAUUCUGGGGAGAAAAUCGUCCUUUUCAUUGUGGUGCUGGCAACCCGUAUCACCUUUACUGCCACAAUAACAAAGAUACUACCAUUUUGUUAUACUCACAAAAAUUCACAGUACUUGACAUCAACAUAGAAAAACACACCAUGAAACUCAAAAGAACAGACCUUGAUCAAAAUCUUUGUUCUCCUCAAUAUAAUGAUACUUAUUUGUUUCCACCUCUGUUUCAAUAUCCUUCAACUGUCAACAACAUCACAAUAUUCUACAAUUGUACUCCCUCUCAAUCGAAAGAUAAAAUAUCUCUAUGUGGAUCUCAGAAUCAUGCUUUUUGUCAUGUUGGUAAUCAAGAUAUACUCUUGAAAGAAUAUCCAGAAUUAAAGAAUUGCAAGAGACAUGUUCAAGUUCCAGCAGGGGAAGGCUUUCCUCUGUGGCAUUUUUAUGAUGGUAUAGUUGACAUUGAUAAUCUUAAAAGUGGUUUGAAUAAUGGGUUUGAGGUGAAUUAUAGUGUGAAAGAGGAAUGUGCAAAGUGUUUGGGAAGUGAAGAAGGAGAUUGUAAAUGGAAGUCCAAUAGGGAUAUUGAGAAACAUGUUAACUCCUCUUGCUAUUAUGAUAAUUGUUCAGAUGGAUCUAUUCAUUUUUCCACACAACAAUGUUCUAAUCACAACCCAUGGAACUGGAAGAGGAAACUCGGCAUUGGCCUUGCUUCUGGUGUGUUAGGAGCAGCACUUGCCGUGAUCACUGGCUUAUAUUUCUAUAAGCGCCGAAAGAAUGCAAGUUAUGCAAAGUCGUAUGUACAGUCUCACAGCUUCUCUUCUGAUCCAUCUUCGAGGGAUAUUGAGAGGGGAAGUCAGCACUUUGGAGGAAGCCAAAACUUUGGAGUGCAAGCUUUUACUUAUAGUGAGCUUCAAGAAGCCACAAACAACUUUGAUCCGUCUAAAGAACUCGGAGAAGGGGGCUUUGGGACAGUGUAUUUUGGAAAACUGCAUGAUGGGCGCAGUGUUGCUGUAAAGAGGUUAUACGAGAACAACUACAGAAGAGUUGAGCAAUUCAUGAAUGAAGUUAGGAUCCUAGCUAGAUUAGUCCAUCCAAAUCUUGUGUCACUAUACGGAUGCACUUCACGCCAUAGUCGCGAACUUCUGCUUGUGUACGAGUACGUCUCUAAUGGAACUGUCGCGGACCAUCUUCACGGUAAAAAAGCAAAACAUGGAAAACUCUCUUGGCAUGUUAGAAUGAAUAUUGCUGUGGAGACAGCAAGUGCAUUGAAGUAUCUUCAUGUUUCUGACAUCAUUCACCGAGAUAUCAAAACCAAUAAUAUUCUUCUUGACGCUCAUUUUCGUGUAAAAGUAGCCGAUUUUGGACUGUCACGCCUUUUUCCAAAUGAUCAAACUCAUGUUUCAACAGCUCCACAAGGGACUCCGGGGUAUGUGGAUCCUGAGUACCACGAGUGCUAUCAACUUACCGAUAGAAGUGAUGUCUAUAGCUUUGGAGUUGUGAUGAUCGAGUUGAUAUCCUCUUUGCCUGCUGUCGAUAUAACAAGGCAUAGACAUGAAAUCAAUUUAUCCAACAUGGCUAUCAACCGAAUUCAAAAUCGAACAUUGCAUGAAAUCGUGGAUCCAACCCUCGGUUUUGAAUCAGAUCCCAAGGUAAAGAAAAUGAUACAUGCUAUGGCUGAGUUAGCAUUUCAAUGCUUGCAAAGCUCAAAAGAUAUGCGACCUAGUAUGGACGAAGUGUUGGAAACUUUAAAGGAUAUUCAAAGUGAUGGUAAGCAUAAAAGCCAACCUGAGGUAAUUGACAUUUCAAAAUCAGCUGAUGAAGCUGUUUUGCUGAAUCAUGAUCCACCUCCACUAUCACCUGAUUCAAAUAUUUUGAGCAAUUAUACAACACCAAAUGCUAGUGGUUAAGAGAAUGAAUUUGGUUUGAAACUAUAUCCAUCAUAGUUUUCAACAUUUUAUCCAUACAUUCUUUAUCAAAUUGGCACAAUGUAGCAGCCAGAUAACUUUUGAAAUUGAGAUGUAUAUAUAGAUGAUAUAAAGUUGCCUUGGUUAUGAAACUUCAUCUUUUGAUGAUUUUAGUUAGAUAUUAUUAAUAUGUAUUUUUUGUACUAAAAUUACAAGUUUAGUUAAGAUGAAUUAUUUUCUUUCUUCUUUCCAA